UUAGGCUACUCUAAGCAACUCGGAGAAUUGUUGGACUAGUCUUCCAGAGUGACAAUACUCGUCCUUUCGCUUCAUAUAGGGACGCCAAUUGGUACUAUUAUUGAAAAAGACGUCAACUACCGUAGGCUACUUUACACUUCUGCUUAAUAUAAAACAAAUAUUGUACCUGGGCACGGAACGCGAAUGGUGUGACAGCAGUCCAGCACAGCAGUUGCUCAUUAUCGGAGUGUAGCCACCUGAGCACAGUUGUUGCUUUAUGUGCAAGUGCUAUUGAAAUGAGCUCCAUUCGAACCAAACUACUUCAACUGGAGUGCCGCUUCACCUGGGAUUUGAAGGAAGAUGACAUGGAUACUGAUAAUCUACAGACCAGGCUCAAGGACCAGAUUGAGUUAGGUCUCGGGAAAAAGGCCGGGAUUGCACGGACAUUCAGCAUUCUGGCCUACAUCAAAUACCUGAAGGGUUACCCAGUGGAGGCAAUGGCUAACUUGUUAAAGGCUGAGGAGCUCACGAGAGAGCACCAUGGUGAGGACUGUGAGAAACAUCUCAUUGUCACCUAUGGAGACCUUUCCUGGUUACAUUACCAUGUGGGUGAUUACGUCAAGUGCCAGAGCUACUUAGAGAAACUGGAGGAGAUGAAAGAGAAGUUUCCAACUAGUUCCAAAUCUGUCCUCCACCCUGAGGUCUAUGGCGAGAAGGGUUGGACCUUCCUCAAGUUCUCCUAUAAAUACUAUGACAAAGCACUAGAAUGCUUCAAGAAAGCUCUGGAACUGGAGCCUGAGGAGAGUGAGUGGAAUGCAGGUUACGCUAUUGCAUUGUAUCGUACAGAAAAAGAGCUCUCGAGUGUUGAUGACUCGCCAGCUAUUAAGCAGCUGAGACGUGCCAUAGAGAUUAACCCACAAGACGCAGUCCCCAUGGUCCUACUGGGCCUGAAACUGGCUAUCUAUAAAAGAUUUGGGGAGGCAGAGGAGUUAGUGGAGAAAGCUCUGGAGAUGUCCCCAGACUGUCCGCACGUGACACGUUAUGUAGGGAAGUUUCUCCGGCAACAGGGGCACGUUGACAAGUCCAUUGCUCUGUUGAACAGAGCACUAAAGCGUACAAGCCAGUCUGCCAUAAUACACCAUCAAUUGGCUCUCUGCUACAAGAAAAAAAAGAUCUCAGUAUGCAAGAGUGGAAGCUUCCAUGGUAAGGGUGCUGAGAUCCAGAAGCUACUCUGUAAGUGCAUUCAACAUCUGGAGAUGGCUACUUCACUGAAGUCUUCUUUCAUCUAUGCCAUGGCUGAGCUUGCACUGCUCUACGGAGAGUGUAAAGAUAUCACCAAGGCAGAGGAACUGUUCCAGAAAACCUUUGAGAAAGCCUUAGCUAAGAAUGACAGUCUGCAGGUGGUCAACUUGAUGUACGGCCAGUUCCAGCAGUAUCACAACAAAUGUGAACCUCUGGCUAUCAAGCACUACACAGAAGGUUUGGAACUGCAGAAGGACACUGCUGAAGGGAAGAGUUGUGCCCAUAAACUGAAAAUGAUCGCAGAGAGGCGUGUCUCCCAAGACCCCAUGGAUGGAGAGGCCUGUGGUAUUCUGGGGUUUGUCUAUAGAGUGGAGGGGAAGAAAGAACAGGCCAUAGAGUGGUAUGAUAAGGCUGUGGUGCAUGAUUGCAAUGCUGAAUACCUUUCUGCACUCUGUGAACUUCGCCUCUCUCUACAGCAAUAAUACACCAGAGUAAAACGUUAAUCUACACUCAAUAAUCGAGUAAUAAAGCCUGCAAGGGUGCAUGCAUCCACUUAAUCUUUGUUAGACCUAGUUAAAAUUCUCCCUGAUUGAAGAUUGAUAUGAUUUAGCAUAGUUAAAAAAAAAACACAGAAAUUGCUUUAUGUUUGUGUGUGUAAGUAUGGUUUGGGUCAUUUGAAGAUAUAGUUAUGAAAUUUAAAUAUAUUAUUGUAUUCUACAUGUGCUUUUAGGUUUAUAGGCAUUUACUGCACUUUUAUUUACAAUACACUUUAAUAAAACAAUUUUAUUAUUUCCACUACUGUAUGACAAAAAAAAAACAAUUUAUUGAAAGAAAAAACAACAUCAAAAUGCUUAGUGUUAGUCUGAGUCUUCUUGAAGUUGUAACAGCUUUCAGGGCUUUACAGAGUCAAAAUGUAUAUUGUCAAUGACCGUGGUGCUCAUGCAAUUAAACCAAGGGUGCUAGGACACCUUCCCUUUCAUCUUAAUCCAUUAUGGGUAGAAUCAACAAAUAUGACAUCAUCACCCAUUGUGUAUGAUGAUGUCAUAUGGCUGAGUAUACCUUUAAUGCCAAGCUCAGAAAGGUCUAACAAGGGAUAUUCUAAUAUAGAACAAGAGAACUGUCCUCCUAGCCCUCUGAUUUAAGUACACAGUAACAUGCUGCAUCAAGUGGCAGUGUAAUAAUCAAUUUUGUAUAUCUUUACAGAACUAUGCAAUUUGGUGUACACAAUACAUACAGUAUUAAGCUAAAAUCAUCCCGUCUUUAAUGUCAUCGAUUACUGUGUAUGAAAUUGGUAUGAAAAUGUACAUCACCAACCUUUAUAAAUGAAUAAUGACUAAUUCAUCAUUAAUUCAUAAGAAGUUCCAGUCAUUAAGGUGUCCAUUAACAUCCAUUUUGAUAGAUCAGAGACCAGGGUUGCCUGUGGGUGCUUUUA